CAGGAAAUAACAAUUAAACAAAACGGCCUUAUCACCCUCUUGCAGGUAGUCUCGUUAAUUAACUGCGCCUCCACUCUUCAUCCCCUAAAACUCGGGGGGCGUUAAGACCCAGCAGAGCUGGCAUAGUGAACAUCUGUCGCCUCGGUCUCGGUCUCUCGGUAUGAAUUGCGCCUGGUCUCCAGUCUGAAGACACACAGGCAGCCGCAGGCAGGCCGGCACCGCGCGGACGGACUGGAGUGGUAUUCGGGAUGCGAACAGAUGCCGCUGGACUAUGAGAGAAAGUGGAGUCAACCGCACUGAGCCGCAGCGAUAGGACAGCGUGCUGCAAAAUGAAGACACCUAUGCGCCAUGGGAUAGCCGUGCUCCUCGUGCUUCUCCUGUGCGCCAGCUUGUUCCUCGUGUACAACGGCAGCUUCAACGGCGCUUCCAGGGACGCUAACGACACGCGCAUCCGACAGCAUGAACAGCUGCGGCGGCCCACUGAAGCCUCCGUCAGGGUGGCCAAGCCUCACCCCCCAGUCCUCCAGGGAUACAGUGGCAUCAUCGACCAUAAGCCUCCCAGGAUGCACUGCCGGACUUGCGCCCUAGUGACCAGCUCAGGUCACCUCAGCGGAGGCGGUCGGGGGGAGGAGAUUGACCAGGCCGAGUGCGUCAUCCGCAUGAACGACGCUCCCACCGCCAGAGGUUACGCCCGCGACGUCGGCCGCCGCACCUCCCUACGUGUCAUCGCUCACUCAAGCAUGCAGAGGGUCCUGCGGAGUCGCCACGAGCUGCUCAAUGCCAGCCAGGACACAGUGUUCAUCUUCUGGGGCCCCAGCAGCUACAUGAGGCGUGACGGGAAGGGCCUGGUGUACAACAACCUGAGGCUGAUGAACCAGGUGCUGCCCAAACUCAAAGUCUACAUCAUCUCCUGGCAGAAGAUGCUGCAGUUUGACGAGCUCUUCAAAAAGGAGACCGGCAAGGACAGAAGGAUAUCAAACUCCUGGCUGAGCACCGGCUGGUUCACCAUGACUAUCGCCCUGGAGCUUUGCGACCGGAUCAAUGUCUACGGCAUGGUUGCCCCUGACUUCUGCAGGGAGCCUCAGCACCACUCAGUCCCCUACCACUACUACGAGCCACGUGGUCCAGAUGAGUGUGCCAUGUACAUUUCUCAUGAGCGUGGGCGACGGGGAAGCCACCACCGCUUCAUCACAGAGAAGCGGGUCUUUGCUAAAUGGGCACGGACUUUUGACAUCCACUUCUACCAGCCGGACUGGAGCCCUCCGCCUCUUCCAGCCAACCAGACGCUGGAGGGGACGCCCCUGGUACCCCAGAAGACGUGACCUGGGGUGAAGAAAAUGCUUUAGAGAUUCAUCUAAGAAAGAGUGAGGACGGGGGACAUUUGCAAUUAGGACUGCUGGACCCCUAACAUUAGAAUAAAAUGUGUAGUAGGCAAGAAAAAAAGUUAUCAUGGAUAAACUGUGAGUCUUGUUGAGCCUGCUGGACAUUUGUUAUGAAAAUUUUCUCCAGCUUCACCACCGCUUCUCCAGCAGUGUGGUCUGUUUACUGAGCUGAGGCGGAUCAAACUUUGUACAUCCCUUCUACAACUUGUAAAGUGAGUUUAUACAAGGAGGCAGCAUCAUUACACACUUCACUCUCAAUGCAUGCAUGCUGUGUUUUACUGUGGAUUCAUCGUGUGUGUGUGUGUGUGUGUCUGUGUCUGUCUGUGUGUGUGUGUGUGUGUGUGUGUGUGUGUGUGUGUGUGUGUGUGUGUGUUUUUGUGUGUUUGUGUGUUUACCUGAGGGAUCACAGAGGAUACAAACUUGAGUUUGGACUACCUGCAAAGCCUCUGCUGCUGGAUGCAGGAUCUAUGCAGGAUUCACCACUGACUGUUCACUGAAAGAAAAAUACUAUUACAAUGCCCGUAAUCUAACAAUGUAUGGCUGGAGCCGGCGUAAGAUGAAUACUAGUAAUAGUAGUACAAUUUGGCUAUUUGAAGUGUGAAUCAUCGCAUGCGUUUUUCAAAGACUGAGGAGGUCAAGUUGGAUGAGCUUGGAUCCACCAAUGUGUCCCUGUGCAAGACACUUAACCCAUAGUUGCUCCAGAGGCGGGUGACCUCUGAUAUGUAUAGCAUUUGGAAGUUGCUUUGGAUAAAAAGCGUCAGCUAAAUGACAUGUAAUGUAAUGUAAAGCUUCUUAAGACCCCUAUCUCGUGCAACAAAGGCCUCAAACACCUUUAAAAGCAGAUAUGAAUCACUUCCCUGACUUUUACUGUUACUGUCUUGCAGAUAUGUCUAUUGUAAGCUCACUCAAGUCAAACUUUGUAAUGCAGCACUUCCUGGCUGAGUGACAAGUGUGUAACAUUAACAGUGAGGUUUUAUCUAACGCGUGUGCGCGGCCUCUGCCCAUACGUAUGUAUCAAAAGGCUUUGUUUGCUGCUGUCACCACUUAAUAGCGCGAUUUAUAUAGCUACAAGCCGGAUUUCCAUGUAAAUGCACAGCCAUGUCACACAAGACAAGUGGGAGAUUAAAAUCGAAAGCAGGGAUGCAGCAGCACCAUCCAUCCUACUACAUAGUAUUUGUCUUCUGCCCGAAUCGCCUUGCAGAAGAAUUACACAGUUUUUCUGGUAAACUGAUGAGUAUGUGAUCUGUCAGUUACUUCCUCUCUCGGUCUGGAUUGUGUUUUAUGUACACUCUCCUCUCAUUUGAUGGAGUAUGUGCUGCGUGUCGACCGACCCUUCCUCUCUUUUUGAUCCUCUAUUUUCCCCUCUUUCCUCAUCUAUGCAUAAGAAUGAGGUGUUGGUCUGGAGAAAGUGAUGAGACGUGGUUAUCCUAAUGAUACAUCCUGGUGCUAAGUCCCUCAUCUCUGUAAUGUGAGUAAUGAGAGGAGGGAUGAUGUUGGUCAGAUACAUAGGUGCUCAUAAAGGGCUUGUUUCACAACACGUUUCCUUGGUGGCGAUGAGGACUGGAUUACUUUAAAUACAUCACAAACAGCUGCAGGGGUGUUGCUGCUGACUUUGUACUGUAGCAAAGACUAAUAUAUGGGUUUGUUUUUGAGAGACUUGUCAGAGAAUGGCUGUGCACAACAGUCUGUAAAGUGAUAAGCACUUGAAUAUUUUUUGGGGUUUUGCCUAAUUAAAUGAGUCACAGUAUGUCGUUUGGGACUGCGACUAUUUUCAUUUUAGAUUGUUUGGUCUAUGAAAAGACAGAUAAUAGCGAAAGAUGUACAUCACAAGUUCCCGGAGCCCAAGGUGACAUUUUUUUGAUUCCUUGUUUUAUACAUAACAGUCCAAAACCUAAAGCUAUUCAGUUGGCAUUAUAUAGAACCGAAAAGCAGCAGGUUGUCCCAUUUGACAAAGUGCAACCAGUGUAAUAUGUGAAUUGUCUGCUUCAUGAAGAACCUAAAGGAAUAGCUUGACUUUAUUAGAAAUAUGAUCAGACCCUUUCUUUCUGGCUAACUAGUUAGCUGUGAAAACCGGAAUGUAAUUUGCUGUUUUACCGGGGGGUUAUGUGGACUAUGCUGGACUAUUUCUUGAUUCCAUAAAGGUCCCACCCAAGACUUGUUCUGUCGCAUAAGCCCAAUAAAACACUACACUAAAAAGCAUAAGUUGUAUUUCUACAAAAACUAAUAAGGUAUAAUGUAUUAACUGAUGAGCUUAAAAAGGCACUGGUAGGUGGAUUUUCCUACCUAACGACUGGGCCUAGCUGUAUUUCCGUUUCUCUCAUCCUGUAUGCUUAACUAAGCUAACCAGCUGCUAAUUUCAGCGCAUAAACUGUAUAAUAAUAAGCUCCAGCCAUAUAUUCUAGGGCUGAACUAUGGUAAUCAAUGUCUAAAUCAUUAUUUUCCCCUUUGUUUUAUUUUAUUUUAUUAUUAUCAUAUAUGCAUUCCCCAAAAAAUAAAAUGGCUCAAUAUAAAAAAAGCUCAUGAAAUUCAUUUUCCAUUCAUUUACGCAUUAACAUUAAUUAGGCUAUAAUAUUCUCAGACAGGUGUUUGUGUGUCUGUGUGUGUGUGUGUGUGUGUGAGAGAGAGACUAUGCUGUGACUAUUAGCAUCCAAGAUGUUGAAAAAGUCAAGCGUCUGGAAUAAUUUCGAAAUUUUCAAAAUACCAUCCUUUUUCAAGAGCCAGAUCUGCCAAAAUAAACACCUGAAAACUGAAAUAGCUUAGCCUUGAUAAAGCAUAAUUGCCUGGCCUUUUAAAUUACAUGUAUAUAUUUUAUAUGUGUAAUAUAUUUAAUGUUAUUAUCCAGUCCCCACCAACUGUUUUUUGCAAAGGUCUCCAUUGUUUGUUAGCAACUCCAGAGUGCAAACUGGUCGGCUAACCUGCCUGCCAGAAAACAGAAGUUAACUAAACUAAAAUAAUUUUCAUGCCGGCUCCAUGGGAAGAAAUCCACGCUCACCUGCCUCUAUUUUUUUCUUGUUGCCCAGGACGGAAUUGUAUCAUUCCACUUAAUAAAAUACUUGUAUCACUC